UGGCGAUGUCUGGCAUUGGCACAAAAAGUCUUCAGUUUCAUUCAUUACCUUGGUUUUAUAUAAUAUAGUCUAUUUUCUUUGCAGAGAAAGCAUUGACUCAGUGACAGUCCACGUGCCCGUUGCUGAUAUCCACCCAAUCAUCGUGAAAGGGAUCGAAUCAUCACUUUCGCAUCUCAAAGACAAUAAGAUCGGCUUCUCUUUCUUCCUGCAGCUUCAACCCUUCCAACGUCAACAAUAGCCGAAUCGACCAUUGACAAUUGCCAUUUGGAGCGUUCAUCCAACACCUCGUUAUAAACUCUUAUCAACCUCCACAACCUUCAUCCUCCGUUCUCAAUCCUCGGCAAACCUCUAAUUUUCCCUCUCAACCUCACUCUCAUAAACCGACCUCAGAACAAGCAGCAAGAGUACGAAAGAAAACCACCACGAUGGACACAUCCACCAAGCCCUCCUCAUCACUACCCUCCUCGAACCCCCCCAGCGUCGAAGGCGCCUACAAACGCAAAUGCAUCGCCCUAAAAAAACGCUUAAACGAGAUUGAGGCCGAGAACGAGAUGAUGCGCAUGCGCAACAAGCGCGGAUGGCAAUACAUCCAGAAAAUGCGACUGGAGUCCUGUAUCCUGCUCGAGCGCCUGGCCAAGGUCACCGGCAUGGCCGAGGAGGCCAAGGCGGGCGUGAACCCCGAGCUGCGCGCCCGCGCGGCGGCCAUGAUGAGUAGCGCCGGCGCUCUGAAUGGGUUUCCCGGGGCGGUGGGCGCGGGCGUUGCGGCUGGUAGUGGUAGCAACGGGGCUGCGUAUGUGGAGGAUGAGACGGAGGGGAGCUCGGACGAGCAGCCUCCUACGCCUCAGGAACGCCCGUUGCGGGUGAAGCGUUCUCGAAAGUCGAAUAUUGGCGAUGUAGGACUGGAUGAUGAACCGUCGACCAGCGCCCCGCCUGAAGGUUCGACUGCUGGCUCAGCGGGCUUGCCGCGACUUGCGCCCGCCCCGACACAGGAGGAGAUGACCUCCACGUUUCGCAUUCGCACAGGCAGCAAUGGUGCCAUACACGAAGGAGAGAACAGCCAUGCUACUAGCGAGCGUGGCAGUCAAGCUCCGGAGUCUGGGGCUGCAGAUAGGGCAAAGGAGCUCUCGACGACACCGAUGGAUGUGGACAAGGCGCCGAAAGAGGAGAGCCAGGGAUGAUGAGAGCCUUUUUUAUUUUAUUUCCUUUUCUUUCUUUCUUCGUUCUUCGCCUCUUCUAGAUUAAUCUCCCUUUUCUUCUGUUUUAUUUCACAUGCAGCUAUUCCCAUAUCGAAGGAGGGCUUAUUCUAGAUUGUUUCCUCACAACAGGAUGUUGGCGCUUGCUGUAGCGCUUAUGAUCAGAGCCUGGAUGGCUUUCCCUAUGUACUUGCAAAUCAAACAAGGAGGUGCCUGGGCUCCGCAGCUAGACACGCAUAUGGAAGAUAGUCUGGCCACAAGGGCUCACCUCGCUCUCGAACUUCUCCCAGGCUUACUCCAGCGAGCACCUUGCGUGCAAAUUUGGUAGCAA